AAACUGAAGUGUAGCAUAAUUUUCAUUUGAAUAAUAUUUUUUCCUAUCCAUUUUAAAAGAGAAAACUAUCAAAUAAACCCUCGUACUAUAUCAGAAAUGUCAAUUAAACCCUCGUACUUUGAAAACACUCAAUUAAACCCUCGAACUUCUAAAAAACGUUCAAUUAGACAUUUUAGCAGGUUAAGAACCGGUUUCCAGGUUAACUGCUCAUGUGGCGGCCACGUGACAGGCCACAUGACGAUUAUUUUCUUCUCUUUAUUUUUCUCCUCUUUUUUCUAUUUCUCUUUCCUAUUCUUUUCUACUUCUGGUUCCCCUCUUUCCGGACUUACCCAUCCUUCCAUCUUCCCAGGACUACCCCAUCUGCAUCAAGAUUCAAGAGACCUCCCUGGCUGCUAUAUUGUAAACCGAGGUGACUUCCUUCCUCAUGUCCAAGAUCCUUAACAAACACGGCUCUUCUUGUCGGGACCUCCGGCGAACUCCGCAAAAGGGCUGCAACUCCGGUGAGGUUGGCUCCUCUCCUCUAUGCGAACAGGAAGAGAGUAAACGGUGCUGGUUUGGACUGCUGCCAUUUAUCCCUAUUGUUUUAGGCUCAAAUUGAGAAGCAAAAUUAGAUCCUCCGGUGCGGAAGAAAUUUUAUUGGUUCCUCGGAACUCCUUGGUGGCUUUGUCGUAAGCCCAGUCAGCUUCUUACGACGAAUCGAAGGUCCAAAGCAAACGCGGCUGCCAUAAUCUACGGCGAAGUCCGACAACCUUCGGAGACGACAACCUCUCUCUGGUGAAAAAAAUAAAUAAAGAAACAAAGAGAGAACGAAAUAAAGAAAGGAAAAACGAAAAACGGAGAGAAAGAUGAACGACGACGGGGAAAAGGUCCUUGCCGUCCUUGGGAAGAGGGAAAAUGGCGAACAUAGAUGCGGAAGUUGCCAGGAAAGAGAGAAAAGCAAGGAAAAAUAAAAAUAAAGAGAAAAGAAAAUAAUCACCAUGUGGCAUGCCACGUGGUCACCACGUGAGCCGUUAACAGGGAAACCGGUCAUCCUCUAGCAGUCUAGUGUCAAUCGUUUCAUCUCAGCAAAUGCUUUUAGGGAGGUUAAAAGCAGCUAUUGAUUCGAGCAAGGUUAUGAGGAAAAGGGUCGAGUAUGAUAAAUGGCUUUUAUUGCUUGAGGAGGAUUUGUAUCGAUAUAGUGGAGGCGCUUUUUUUUUAGGAAUUGAGCACUAGUUUUUACCCAAAGAUCUGAAAACAUGUCACUUCAUACCCACGAUGAGUUUACUUGGAUGAGUCAGCCUGUUUAACAGGCUGUUUAGAAUAGAAAGUGGGAUUCACAGCGUCGACAUUUAUUUUUGACACUUCAGCACCACAUGACUGAAGAAAGAAAGCGCUGGAGUAGAAAAAUAAGAGCGACUUUCUUACAGUGUGACAUGGCCAUCUUUUUUAAUGUUAACACCCAUGCAUUGAAGAUGCUCUUAACCUGCUAAAAAGUCUAAUUGAACAUUUUUUAGAAGUUCGAGGGUUUAAUUGAGUGUUUUCAAAGUACGAGGGUUUAAUUGACGUUUCUGAUAUAGUACAAGGCUUAUUUGAUAGUUUUCUCAUUUUAAAAAUAAACGAAUGGAAACUGAUAAAAAUCGAAAACGGAUAUGGUCAUCCUGGCUCUAAGCCUCUAAUCAUAUUAUGAACUUGUACUUAUAACCUAACUGUUCGGUAAAAUUGAUCUUAAUUGUAAUUUUCCCAUUUUCAUUGCAAGAACAAAAAAGCACAAAGAAAAGGGAAGGGAAAGAGGCCCGAGGCACUGCACUGUUGAUCUCUGGACAUUCUGAUCACUACAUUUCCAGGGAAGCCAUGGCCGAAUCACCACCGCCGUCGACGCCAGUCGCCACUAUUGCCUCAUCCCUGCCAAGUUACAUUCACCCGCGGCGGGAGCCCUUUGAGCACGGCCUUCUCCCAAUACCCAAGCUUAUCUUCACCGACGGCACUCAAACCCUAGGCCCGAUCAAGGAUAAGCUGCUAUCCCUAUCUGCAGAAACGGCGUACCGUGUCAACUCCCAAUCCAUUGCCGAAACUCUUCAGAUCUCACCUGAUCACGCGCGCCUUGUUCUUGAGACAAUUGCUGCAGUCCUGCACAGCGAAUCUGAUCCACUUGUUUCUGCAAAUCCAUCUGAGAUUGAUUCCGUUGGCGUAAGCGUAUUCGAUUUGGUGGUGUUUCUCUACAUUCAGAGUUAUAAGAGGUUGCUUCCCAAGGGGCAUAAGGACUCCGCUGCCGUGGCUGAUGUUUGGCCCUCCACUUCAGCAUUCGAUGGUUUCUUAUCUGCUCUGUCGCCACUCCAACUAGUACGCAGUAAUAGUCGUAGGUUCAUGCCAUCACAAUCCGAUGAAGAGGCUCAUCAGUUAUCCUAUUUACAGAAGCACUUGGGCAACAUUCUCUCUCUUUUGGUAGACUCAGUUGAAGGAGAGGCUGAAGAAUCACUGGUUUUGUCUAUGGAAAAAUUUGAGCAUCUUGGAUAUCUAAUAUAUUUUGGAGACAAGGGACUUGAACGGAUUCCAUUGAGUCAAAGUGCUCCCUUUUUUGCAAAUUCUGAUCCAGACAUGCCCGCUGUUCCUGUUCCUGCAGCCCAAGUACAUGAGUGGCUUUUACAAAACAUUGCAUCUGCUUUGGAACAUAUUGCUGAGAGAGCUUCUGCCAAGGAAAAUGGGCCCUCCAGUUUCUCUGAUCAGGAUAUUCAAAUGACUGAUGUCUCUACAAGUCCAGCAAAGACCACAUCUGGUCCCCGGGGUCCUAGUAUUAUUGAGGGGAUCUCAAAAUCAUCUUAUAUAAGGCAGGCAAAUGAUCUUAAAGUCUCUUCUGUAAAAGUUGUGAACUGCCAUGAAUCAGUCAUUUAUAUACUGGCUCCUUUGAGAUAUGCAACAAUCUAUGGAUGUUCUGAUGCAACAAUUGUCUUAGGGGCCGUUGGCAAGGCAGUCAGAGUUGAACAUUGUGAACGAGUACACGUGGUUGUGGCAGCUAAGCGCAUCUGUAUUGUCAAUUGUCGUGAAUGUGUGUUCUUUUUAGGAGUAAAUCAACAACCACUUAUUGUUGGUGAUAACCAUAAAUUGCAGGUGGCUCCGUUCAACACAGUUUACUCACAGUUAGAGGAGCACAUGAAACAAGUUGGUGUAUACCCUACCAUUAACAAAUGGGAUGAACCCGUGGCACUUGGAGUGGUUGACCCACAUGACUCACUAUCACAUCCUGCUGGCGUCUCGGAUGUUCAGACCGAGUCCGCUAACCGUUUAGACCCUGAUCAAUUCACCGACUUUUUGAUUCCUAAUUGGUUUGAAGCCCAACAAUCUGGUCCGACAAAAGACAACCCCUUUCCUUUGCCAGAUGCUUAUAUGGCUUCUCAGCAGAAAAAUCAAAAGAAUCUUAGUGAGGUUAAGCAAAUUUUGAGAGAAACUGAGCUUGAAGAUGGCCGGAAACGGGAAUUGUCUAGUUCUCUUCAUGUGCUGUUUAAGGAAUGGUUAUAUGCCUCAGGGAAUGUGAGGCAACUGUACUGCUUACAAGGAGAAUAGACUUACUUGAUAAUAUGGGAAUUUUAGAAAGAAGGCUUGUGGGGCCCGUUAGUAAUUUCAGCACACUCACCAUCUUUGAGCACCACUCCCCUGCCAGGCAUUGCAACCAAAGGUUUUGAAAUUAUCGAACCAUGCAUCUGCCACUGACUUCUUGCUAUGGUUUUUUCGAAAGUAGUAGUAAAAGUGUUCUGAAGUUCUUUGUGAUAGUUUUGAACUGAUACACAUCCAAGCAUUAGAUUUGUGAAAUACAUAUCUCAUCGGUGAGAAGCAAAGGCAACGCAAGGCAAGCAGAAGUGCUUAAGUGGUUUUGUCAUCCACCAAGUAAAAAGAUCUUGUAGUUCCGUUUGGCUAUUGUUGUUGCUGCUGCUAAUGCUUGGCUUUCUCAAUGUUUUCAAUAUUAAAGCUUGUGUAAUUUUCUUCUUGUAUCUAAUAAAUUUCAACUUGAUGUUUCAUUAGUUAUGAAAUAUUCCAUUAGUUAUGAAAUAAUGGUCAGAUAGCCUUUGCCCCUAGGCAUGGACCCGGGCCAGGCUCCGGGCCGGUUCAAGCCGGGCUUUUUUUUCAGGAUGUUGGGCCCGGAACCGGCCAGGGUUGAUACCGAACUCGGGCCCGGUUCAAUGUAAAUUUUUUUUGGCUUUGUAAUUAGGAUGUUUUUACUUGGACUGUAAUUCCUCCCAGAUCGGACCAGUUUAGAUCAGAUCAUACUUGGAUAGUAAUAAAAAUACAAAGAAAUCAGACCAGUUCAAACCAGACCAGCAAAUUACAAUCCAAGUAAAAACAUCCUUAACCCCCGAUCCCCCUUCCUCACCCCCCAACCCCCCCCCCCCCCAAAACAUCCAGCCCUACCCAAGGAAAAGAAAAAAAAAAUUGAAAAAACAAAAAAAUGAACCGGGCCCGGUUCAUGAAAAAUAGUGCCCGAGCCUGGCCCGCCCAAACCGUCCAAACCGAGCUAAAGCCCAGAACCGCCCAUCCCCAACUAGGGGUGGACCGGUUCCGGUUUGGGCCCGGUUCGGGCUUGGGCCUGGCCGGGCCUCGGUUCAAGAAGGGGAGGCCCGGAACUGGCCCGGGUAACCCCCGGGUCCGGGCCGGGCCUCGGUUCUAUUUUUUUUUUUUGGGCUUUUCCUAGUUAACCCCCAACCCUCCCCCACACCCCCAAACCAACCCUAACCACCUCAAAUGACCCAAAAUGCCCAGCCCAACCCAAAAACUUAAAAAAAAUCAAAAAAAAAAAAAUUGGCCCGGCCCGGGCCCAAACCGGCCGGGCCGGUUCACCUUUUGAAGGGCCUGAGCCCGAACCGCCAUCCCACCGGGCCGGUUGGCCCGAACCGGUUCACUGGUCCGGGUCGGGCCCGCACAGUAGCGGGCUGGUCCGGUUCUGGGCCGGUUGGCCCGACCCGAGUCCACCCCUAUCCCCAACCGGUCCGGUCCGGUCCGGGCCUGCAUAGCAGUGGGCCGGGCUUGUUCCCGGGCUGGUUUA